GAAGGGAGGGAGCGGGGUUGUGAGCAAACGGUGGUGGUGGUGGUGGGGCGGCCUGAGAAGGCAUCAUGGCUGCUGCCACAGAGCUUAGUCGCCCGAACAGCGGUGACAGGAACCUGGAGCGAAGAUGCAGCCCCAACCUCUCCCGAGAGGUGCUCUACGAAAUCUUUCGCUCCCUACACACCCUGGUUGGACAGCUUAACCUCAGAGAUGAUGUGGUGAAAAUUACAAUCGAUUGGAACAAGCUCCAGAGCCUCUCAGCAUUCCAGCCUGCAUUGCUCUUUAGUGCACUUGAACAACACAUUUUAUAUUUACAGUUUGAACCUCAGCAGAUGGAAUUGUGGUGUUCUCAGCCUUUUUUAGCAAAACUUCAGUCUCCAAUUAAAGAGGAGAAUACAACUGCUGCUGAAGAGAUAGGAAAAACAGAAAUGGGGAACAAAAAUGAAGCAAAUGACAAAUUUUCCAUUGGCGACCUACAAGAGGAAGAAAAACACAAAGAAAGUGAUUUAGGAGAUGUGAAAAAGACACAGAUCCAUUUUGAUCCAGAAGUAGUUCAGAUAAAGGCUGGAAAAGCAGAAAUUGACAGACGAAUAUCUGCAUUUAUUGAAAGAAAGCAAGCUGAAAUCAAUGAAAACAACGUCAGGGAAUUUUGCAAUGUUAUUGAUUGUAAUCAAGAAAAUAGUUGUGCAAGAACUGAUGCGAUUUUUACCCCUUACCCCGGAUUUAAAAGUCACGUAAAAGUUUCUAGAGUUGUGAAUACAUACGGACCACAGACUAGACCUGAAGGAAUUCCAGGGUCAGGUCAUAAACCUAACAGCAUGCUUCGAGAUUGUGGUAAUCAGGCUGUAGAAGAACGACUACAAAAUAUUGAGGCCCACUUGCGGUUACAGACAGGUGGUCCAGUGCCAAGAGACAUUUAUCAGAGAAUUAAAAAGCUUGAGGAUAAAAUCCUUGAAUUGGAAGGCAUCUCUCCUGAAUAUUUUCAGUCUGUAAGCUUUUCUGGAAAAAGAAGAAAAGUUCAACCACCUCAACAGAACUAUUCACUGGCUGAACUUGAUGAGAAAAUUAGUGCCCUCAAACAAGCCCUCCUCAGAAAAUCAAGAGAAGCAGAAUCCAUGGCAACCCACCACCUUCCAUGAAAAACUCCUCUCCAUCCUUGUCAUUUUACUUUUUUGUAUACAUAUGUGUAACUUACACUGUUAUUAAUUCAACGGAUAUAUAUUUAUCAAUGUAGACUUCUCUGUGAAGUCAAGGUUUAUUUUCACGAGUCCAGCUUGCAGCAAGUAAUCUUCAGAUAUUCCAGUAAGUUUUGAAAUAAUGAAUGUGUUGAAAAUAGCAUUGUUGGAAUUUAUUCCCUUCUGUUUUAAAGGAGGUAUUUUGGAAAUUGAAAAACUUAAUUUAAAAGUGCUGGUACAUCUUUUUUCUUUUGUGGACCACAGAAAGGAAAAUUUAUUUUGAUAUUGAUACUUUAAAAGGACUUUAUAUUUGUAACAUUGGUGUUAACCAGUUUAUUAGUUUAAAUUUUACUUUGCAUAUAAUAGGCAUUCAACAAAAAUUUAUUGACUGAAAUGAAUUUUAAAUGGAUGUAUGAACUUGUUUUUCUUAAUUUCUAAGAUGUCACUAUUCAUGUAAAUAAACAAUAGAUCCAGCUUUAUCCCUU